AUGAAGCCCUCUUCCCUCCUCACUCUCGCUACCAUCGCCAUCGCCGGCACCGACGCCUGGAGCUUCACCGUCUGGACCGGCAAAGACCACAAAGGUGCAAAGCGCCACUACCACAGCAGUCUCGCAGAGAACGACUGCUACAACUUUGACGAGUCCAUCACCUCCAAGGGCGUCGGGUCCUUUGAGUUCUGCAGCUUCAUCUGGACGCGCUGCUCCAUCUCUAUCCACAGCGAUAUUGGGUGCCGCGGCAAGAAACUUGGUUCUGCGACGGCCGCCGACAAGGGCGACUUGUGGCCAUCGAAGUGGUCUAAGAAUAGUAGCAAGGAAGGACAGAAGAUGAAGAGUUUUAGGAUUCAGGGGUGCAAGCAUAUUCCUGUGACGGGAGGGUCUUUGGAUAUUGCGGGCUGCAAGUAA